AGUGUGUUUCUCAUGUGUCAGAAUCCAGAGAACAAACAUACUUUAGCUUCCUCAUGACUUCUUUUCUUCAGCUCCAGAAAUCAAUGAACUUGGAAAGAUGUCUGUGUCCUGCACUGUGAAAGCUGGAUCCAGAGGGUGUUUAAGGGAAAUUAUUUGCAAACAAGGUGUUGUGUCCCUGGAGAGGAACUGUGGUGCCUAUGGCAUAUUCUGCUCUUUCUAUUAUGUGCGUGAAGACUGCUAAGGUGUGAGCAUGCUGUACGAGUACUGUAAAAAGAAAAAGGUCCUCCACUUCAAGUAGUUGCAGAACAAAAACUUGUCAAGGCUACUGUGGCUAUGUACGAUAUACGUCCAAGAACUGCAGUUACUGCCUAAGUAGCCUCUUUACAUUUUAAGCAUAAAAUGAAGACUAUUGUGUCUAUUCUGGAGUGGAGAGGGAAUGAAAACACUGGAGACUGAAAGAAUUCAUAGAAUUUUUGAAAUAAUAAUUGUGAAGUCCUUCUGCCCAAGCUCCUGACUGGGUAACAUGCUGGGGAAAGCCAGAACACUGCACUUCAGCCAGAACUGGAGUCAGAGAAGUUUCUGAAAUCAUUGAAGGUUGUGUGAGAACAGAGUCUGUGAGCCCUUGACCUGAUAUUUUCUCCUGAGGAGAAGCAGGCAGCAUGAAGCAGAAAUUGAUAUCAUCUGUUCAAAUUAUUUUGCUACAUGCUGUGGCUGUCAUGGGUCUGACUGGUCAAUCAUUCCCUGGAAAACCUAAGAUAAUAAGAUGUCGUUCCCUAGAAAAGGAAACCUUUUCUUGUUGGUGGAAGCCUGGCUCAGAUGGAGGACUUCCUACCAAUUACACCCUGUUCUACAGCAAGGACAGUGAAGAAAAAAUCUAUGAAUGUCCAGACUAUCGAACAUCAGGUCUCAAUUCCUGCUACUUUGAUAAAAACCACACUAAUCCCUGGACAACAUAUAAUAUCACUGUAAUGGCAACGAAUGAGAUUGGAAGUAACAGCUCAGAUCCUCAGUAUGUGGAUGUGACCUACAUAGUUCAGCCAGAUGCUCCUGUGAACCUCUCUUUAGAAAAAAAAACAUCCGCUGGUAUAGUGUACCUUUGGGCAAAAUGGUCUCCUCCAUUAGCUGACACCAGCUCUAAUUCGCAUGCGUAUCGCUAUGAGCUACGACUAAAACCUGAGGAAAAGGAAGAGUGGGAGACAAUACCCGUUGGAGUGGAGACACGGUACAAAGUAAUUAGGUUACAAGCUGGGGCAAAGUAUGUUGUUCAGGUCCGUUGCAAGUUAGACCUUGGAGAAUGGAGUGAAUGGAGCUCUGAGAGAUGCAUUCAAAUUCCCAAUGGCGAGUCACCUCCUGAAAAGCCUACAAUAAUAAAAUGCCGUUCUCCAGAAAAGGAAACAUUUACUUGUUGGUGGAAACCUGGUUCAGAUGGAGGACAUCCUACUAACUACACUUUGCUUUACAGCAAAGAAGGAGAAGAACAAGUUUAUGAAUGUCCAGAUUACAGAACUGCAGGCCCCAAUUCGUGCUACUUUGAUAAAAAACAUACCUCUUUCUGGACCAUAUACAAUAUUACUGUGAAGGCAACUAAUGAAAUGGGAAGUAACAUCUCUGAUCCUCAUUAUGUGGAUGUGACUUACAUAGUACAGCCAGAUCCUCCUGUGAAUGUAACUCUGGAAGUGAAAAAAACAAUAAACAGAAAACCAUAUCUGGUCUUGACGUGGUCUCCACCCCCCCUGGCUGAUGUCAGAUCCGGAUGGCUUACCCUUGAAUAUGAGUUGCGACUGAAGUCUGAAGAAGGAGAGGAAUGGGAGACUAUUUUUGUUGGGCAGCAAACACAAUAUAAAAUGUUUAGCUUAAAUCCAGGAAAGAAGUACAUUAUACAGAUGCACUGCAAGCCAGACCACCAUGGAUCAUGGAGUGAAUGGAGCUCAGAAAAGUAUAUUCAGAUCCCUACUGACUUUAGAGUGAAAGAUAUGAUUGUGUGGAUCAUUGUGGGUGUCUUGUCAUCUCUUAUAUGUUUAAUCAUGAGCUGGACAAUGGUUUUGAAAGGGUACAGAAUGAUUGCCUUUAUCCUACCGCCAGUUCCAGGACCAAAGAUAAAAGGCAUAGAUACACAUCUGUUAGAGACAGGAAAAUCUGAAGAAUUAUUGAGUGCUCUUGGUUGCCAUGGUUUCCCUCCAACAUCAGACUGUGAGGAACUACUGAUAGAAUAUCUGGAGGUAGAGGACAGUGAGGAUCAGCAGCUCAUGCCAAGCCAUCACAAUGGUCAUCCCAGUAAAAAUGCAAAAAUGACACCCAAAGAAACAGACAGUGAUUCAGGCCGAGGGAGCUGUGAUAGCCCUUCUCUGCUUUCUGAGAAGUGCAGGGAGUCCUGCGCCCUUCAAACAACACUUCAAACACAAGAAGUAGGAGAUGCUCAAGAAAAUAACGAAGGAAAAAUGAGCUGGGAAACUCAGUGCAUAGUCUCAGAACGGAAAACACUCCCUUCUAACAAUGAGAGUACAAAAUCAUCCACAUGGCCUGCAGCUCAGUUACCUAAUAAUCAGCCUCCUAUGUUUGCUUACCACAGUACUGUAGAUGCACACAAGAUAACACUGAAUAACACAAAUGCGAAGACUGCACCAUUUUUGGUGGGAAGUGAAGAAAAGCAUCAAUCACAAUAUUUUAUCACUGAAACUGCCCAUGACAACAUGGAAAAGCAAAGAGAAAUGGAGAACUUGCAUUCCAAAACUACCACAGUGCUGGUCAAACAAAACAGACCUAAUGACAAACCACCUUUUUUAAAUGCUAAGGUAAUGGAUUAUGUAGAAGUUCACAAAGUCAGACAAGAUGAGCAGCCUGCAGUAUUACUGAAGCAUAAAGAAAAUAGUGGGAAGACUGAAAAGUACACUAUUCCAGGAACCAGCAAAGAAUAUACCAAGGUCUCAACAGUUGUGGACCAUAAUAUUCUAGUAUUAAUGCCAGAUUCACGCAUCCAGCAUAUACCUGUGUUUCAAGAACCUGCAAGGGCAACAUCUCAGGACCUUCAGCAAGGUCAAGCUGAGAAAAAUGUGAGCUACCAUCUGACAGCUCCAAGCAAGUGCAAAAGAGAAACCAAUGGAUCAGACUACAUGGACCCUUCUUCCUUUAUGCCCUCCUUUAAAUAACUUUCACAAAGUGAAAGUUUGAUCACUCUGUGAUGCUACAGAAUGAGUCAAAUACAAGCAGUACAGUAGUGCUAAGAUUUGUGGUUUAAAAUUGUGCUGCUGUAUCAUAAUUGUAGCUUACACCGUUUCCUAGCUGACAAGUCUGUGAUUUACCUAUUGAAUUUGUUAGCAGUUAUGUACAGUAGAACAAAACCACACAGUGAAUAGUUCCUUAAGAAAGCCUGGUAUGUAUUACACAGAGAAUAAAAUAAACUGUGGGUUGAAGUAAUAAUCACGGAAGUAAACCUUGGAUCAUUAACACAUUUCUAGCACAGCAAAAUGAGGAAAUACAUAUUAACUGCCAUUAAAAAUACAUUGUAAACUAAUAAUUCAGCUCUGCAGGUCUUCUAUUAGUUGACUAAACCUGUGGGAAUGCUGCAGAUUCAACAAAGAUGAAAAUCAUUAUGGGUCAGUCAGUACUCCAUAGUGAUCUGAGCCAUUCCAAAAUCAGAUAAAUCAUUGCACAGUAGCAUUCUGAUCUACAAUGUAUUUUUUCCUAAAUGUAUUCUGACACUAGAUUAAGUUUUCUUUUUAUUUUUUCUCAAUCUUUAAGAGAAAGGGAGCUCUUAUUCAUGAAAAAUCAUAUAUAACAGGGAAUAUAAAUAUAUUGAACUAAUUACAGUAAAAUAACAAAAUCUAAAUAUAUUAUUGCUUUGUUUCAAUGUGAUAGAAAACGUUGCAUCCCAUUUAUAUCCUAGCCCAGUGAAACCAAAAGUGAAAAAAAUAGCAGGACAAUGUUUGAUGUGUUGCCUUACUGUAUAUAAUAUACAAUUGUACAUUAAUAUAAGCCCAUAUGUUUAACAAUGUAUUUUUAAACACUAUUUUUCUAUUACCAAAAAAAAGUAAAAUAAAGUAUUUUUUAAUUUCCCAAUGCUAUUUAGCUACUUAGGAACUUUUUUGUUUUCUUCUGCUGAGACGGCAGUGACAAGUAAAGCUACUAUUUCUAUACAAAGCAUAAAAUUGAACUUUAUACUCAUUAAGAAUAUGAAGUAACUCUAAAACUAUAUUUCUAAUGUACUGCAGAUGCGUUACUAUUUGAAUUGUAGGUUAUUUACUUCACAUGUUUUUUAGCAGCUGUAAUUAUAAAAUUAAAAUAGAAUUUAGGUUUUGAGAGCAAAGCUUCUUUCCCACUGAAUUUGUACUCUGAUGCCAACCACGAAUGGAAUUGUGUUCUCCUACAUCCUAAGACACUGCACUUUUCUCUGAGCCUGGAAGGAAAGUCUGAAGUUAGGUUUAGUUAGGCAUAAAGUCUGAGUCAGAGCUCUGCUGGAAUAGUGAUGGCAAUGAGGGAAGGAAUCUGUGUACUUAGGCUGGACAGACGUCCCCAAACAGGAAUGGGAUCAGAGAAAUCCUCCUAUCCCAUGUAACUGAAGACAGAAGCAAAAUGAUAUUGGAAUGGCUGUGAACUUACUGUGGCCCUUCCUUCUUGAAACAAGAGUUUAAUUUACUCUAGGAAAGUACAACAAAGUGGUGACUGAUUAAAACUGGGCCAAGUAUUUAGCCACUGCCACUAUCUUCAGCGGAAAUUGAAAACAUGAAUUUACUGUACACUGUACAUGUAAGGGAAAAUUUAUUUACUACAGGUGACCUCUUCUGUUCCUGUCCUUCCUGAACAGCUUUACAUUUCUCCAGCUUCUCAUGAUUUUUCACACUGAGCUAGCCUUCCUGCAGUAUCAGGUAAACUGCUGCAGAACCAGCCAAAAGAUACUUAGAGAUCUUUAAGGUCCCAGAAGGCCACAUCUAAUUUGGCAUAUCAGAUUGUCACCUUGUCCCUCCAUGCCAUGGAACUGCUCAAAUACAGAUCAGUUGAGCUGCCCAGACCUAGAAUGCUAGCAGGACUUCAGAAUUUAACUGUGUGUCUGUAAACAAAUGUGUUAGUGUAUACUGUAAAGUUUCCUUUAGGCUUCAAAUUUAAAGGCUGUGCCCUCUAUACAUGCAACACACUGCUAGAGGCUGAUCUGUCUGGAAGCAUAAAAUGUUGUUCAGUUAUAAGGAAGGGACCAUCUUACUGUAGCAUUAGUAGUAUAUUUUGCAAAUUUUCUAGAGCUGAUGAAAGUACUGCAGAGACACCAUCAUAUUAUCAGUCAAAACGGAAAUGUUUGCAGGGUAGGAGCUUGUGUGUGUGCAUGUAUGUAAGCCUGAUAAUGCACUCUUUCUGAGUGCAUCAUUUACACUUCAGUUUUCUGACUGAAUGUGACAGAGCCAAUCUCGAUCAGACACAUUCUCUUCCUUUACACAGAGAGCCAUAUCUGAGCAAAGCAGUUGUUUUCUACUCCCAACAUUGUGCAUAAAGACAUGCUGCUACGGGCCUUUUGUGAUGCAUCUGGUGAUGCAUGGAGGCUAUAGAAUCUUAUAAAGCAGCAGCCUAAAGAUCUUCCUUUUGUAGUGGAUUUCUUAGGGUAGGACACAGGUGGCCACAUGGACAUUAUAAACCAAAGUACGCAUGGGAUAAAGCGUCAGCAGCAGGCUGUCCCUCUCGUAUCGGUCACUUUGGACCAGAGGCAGGCAAACAUAGCUUUUAGUGAUUUUAAGUGUCUGAUUUAUCCUGCCCCAACUGUAUGUAUCUAUUUGUGUACCCCAGUAAUCACACAGAAAGGGAAUUGAGUGAGUUUCUAUGCUUUGCCAUAAACUGGUACUGAAGAUGCAAAAUGGCUGCAGUCAAAAUUACGUUGUGAGUCAUAGAUUCUCUCCCACCUUUGCCGGUGAAUGUCUCAUGAGGCCACAUCAUCACGGCUUUCUGUGAAAACAGUAAUUCAGCCAGAGUGAAAAAGGAGUGUUUGCUGCUUGUUCUGAGGUAGCUAAGCCUUUUGAGGGAUCUGUUAUCUAAAUGCAAUUUUAACACAUUUUUCAUAAAUAUAUUUCAUUCUUUUAAGCUGAACAGCUGUGCAGGUUGAUUAUUUUUCCCUUUGGAUUUACAUUUAUUUUCCAAAACACCUUGUUACUCCUAAGGUGGAAAUAACAUAUCCUGAAAGCGUUCUUUAACAUUCUAAAGUACAUUAGGAAGAGAAUAAACUAAUGUUUUGUAAAAUUAGAAUAGUCUUCAGCUUAUUGUGCAGGCUUCUGGAUGUUCAAAUAUUUCACUCUUUCUAUCUGCAACACUAUUUUUGCCCACAGCUCUCUAAGCUUCUUAUUAGGAAAUCAAUGAGAUUUUGCAACAGAUGUACACAGCCAAUUAUUGUAGAGUUAUGACACUCCAGUGGGAAACAGCAGGCUCUUGAUGCUUCCUUUGAUAUACAAAGGGAUAAAGUGAGUAACAGAAUUUACCCCAGCAAGAGGCAUUAGCCAGUAGCUCUUGCAACAUUAGGUAAAUUUUUCACUUAGAAUAAUUAUUUGAAAAGUUUGAAUGAUGUUUUCAAUGUCAAAUUAUACAUGCAUCACAGUGUGAAAUACCUUUUAGUGGCAUAAAAGCUCUAAAAGAAAGCAAAAAGUCUCUUCAGAAGCAAUUAAUUUUAUAAAAUCCAUAAAAUUGAAUAUAUAUUUUUGAAAUUAAUUACCUGUCCUUUGGAAUCAGACUAAUUUUAUUAACAGUUUUUCUUCACUAUUUACAAAUAAGACUUGUUCUCUUAAAUUUUCUAUUUAGACAUUUUCUUUACCAAAGACAUAUUUGAUGUACAAUUUUAGUAUUUCAAUGUAAUAUUCCUGACUUUUAAAGAAAUAUGAGUUAUUGAAGUGGGACAUGUGCUCCCAAAACUCACUGUCACAUAAAAUGCAGAAGAAUGGUCUGGAUGAUGCUAUGUAACUACAAAGAUUAUUUAAUAACCAUGCAGUAAACUGACUUAACAGAAUACUAAUAUAAGGAUAUAUGUGUUUAUGGAACAAACUGUAAUACAAAUAUGUAAUGAUUUAUGUUAAAGUAGUGAAUUCUAUGGUAUGUCUGUUUACAUGUCUAUGUUGAGGUGGCUGGAAAAUAUACAGAUGCUUUAAAUGUCGUUUAAGUAUUUAAAGUGUAGUAAAAGCAGAUGUUCAAAAUCAGUAGGCAGAGGUUUUUUGUAAUCUCUGAAGCAUUGUAUGUGUGGAGGUCACAUCAUUAAGCCUGUAAAUGUAUUUCAUACUUUUUCAUUAACUGUAAACAAUUUGAAGGUGGUGUGCAAGGAAACCAAAGUUAUCCAAGCCAGGUGACGGAUAUCUUAUACAAAGCCAUAAGGACAAAGGAGAAUAAAAAGUGUCAUGAAACCAUCCACCAUAUUCUCAAAGAAUUACUACCUCAAACUAUUUUCUUUGCUCCCUUUGAAAAGGCAGACAAAAGCAUUUACUUUGUGUGUCAAACUGCAAAUAGUUCUAUUAAUUUAAAAAAACUUACUUGUAAUGUUAAAAUUAUUUUUGUUAACGAAAGCUUGUCAUGUAAUCAUCACUUUUGUUGCACUAAUAAUACUUAAAGGGGAUACUAGAGAAGUGUAGCAAAAUCAAAUGGUUUUAAUAUGAGAAAAUAACAGAAAUUUCCAUCUUGUGGGGAAAGCCACAAGGACCGACUUGGCAGCAAAGCAUCAGUCCCUUUCCUGGGCUGAGAAGUGUUUUGCUGCUGCCUAGGACUAAAUGAGCUGAGUUGUCAGAGGUGCUGUGAUUUUAGAACUCAGCAAUAAGCAUUUAUGAAUGUUUCUUAUCCAGAGAGACCUGUUUUCAGCUGAGUUCCUGAAAUGUAAAUCUUCAAACUCUGUCCCUAAAUAAGUGAGCAUGGAAUCUAGCCCUGCUCUUAACUAUCUCAAACCCUCAUAUUAAAUUCAGACUCCAGUUCCCGUGGGUGUGGAAAGAGGAUCUGAAUUGCAUUAAUUGGAACUAUCUUGUGGCCCUGCCUUGAAUGCCAUUUUUAAACAAAUAAAGGAAUUUCUUCAUCUUUCCUGUGGAUGUCAAACAGGAGGUUAAAGAUAAAUGGAAUACAGAAAAACAUAGUAUGUGUGUAUAGUAGAAGAGCUUAAUAAUGGGAAGAGGGGCAUAGUUGCUGCAUGUGGCAGAAUGGAAGAGGAGUACAGUGAGUACAGGAUGCUACAUGGGUAGAUAAGUAGAGAUAUCAGAGGGGAGGAACACAUUUUGACCACAGCUGAGAACAGAGGGAGGGAGAAAAGAACAUAAAUGCAAAAGAAUCAAAUGCAAGAGUGGACAGGAAAUAAUCGUAAGGUCAUAGAAUUGUUUGGGUUGGAAGGGACCUUAAAUUCAUCCAGUUCUAAGCCUAUCUAUGAAAUGAGAACUAGUAGAACUGAGAGGAGUGAUAAAAGAGUUUGUGUGGAAAAAAAAGAAAGAGAAGAAAAUUUUGUAUCAGAAGUGGGAGUAUGCAAAGCUAACUGACAUAGUCCACAAAAGUAGUUAAGCCUUAUUAAAUGCUAAACAGUUGGCAAAAUGCUGAAACUGGCUGCUACAGAUCAGCUAUUGUAUAGUGAAAGAAAAAGUCCUAUAUAAGAGAACUGGUCAUUUGCUUCCAUAAAUUACAAUUUUCUUCCAAGAAUUUGACAGGAGUCCUGGGUAAACAGAAUACUUGAAGAACUAGACCCCUCAUCUGAUCUGCUGCUGCAUUUCCUAAGGAAAAAAAAAAUCAAAAGAAAUAAAGUGUACCACACUGUUUUAAUGGGAAUUUUCAGUUUUUCAGACAGAUCUAGAGAUGAGGUGUAUUUAUCCACUACAUUGUCUCCCACAUAUGCCUAUCAUACUUAAGCAUUCUUCUUUUUUUUUAUUUAUUAAAGGUUACAAAAUUGCCUAGAAGUUCCAAGAGAAAAAAAGACUUUGUGAAUACUAAUAAAUAGUCUCUUGGCACUUCUGGGCAUUGUUUAAUUUGUACCUGUUGUAAUAUAUCUGUUAACAUUUUUCUUCAUUGGAAAGUCCCUGUCUUGGUGAUAAAUUUUGUAAAUUACCAUGCCAGGCUUAAAAUAUAUCUCUCCCACUGCAGGGGAGGUUUUUAAGAGAAACUAUUAUAUCUGUCACAAGUAAUGAAAAAAAACCCAACUGAAUUAGUUGUGUGGCCUCUUGCAGCGCUGAACGCUAAAAGCCGGGCUCAUAAUCAAGACAUUGGUAUGAAGAGAAGUUAGAUGUAAGGAAGUCUUGUUUCACAUUUUCCUCUUAUUUUUGGAAGGUUUAAUGUGCUGUUCUACUUUGUGAUGCUGCUUGUCUUAGAUCUUCUCUUUAUUUUAGUUUUUUUAGGGGGGCAAUGCUGCUUCUGGGUCUGGUUUUGAGAGCUGCUAAGUACCUUCACUUCAUUUUGAUAUGACCACAAAGAGGCAGAUUUUUCUAUAUGCAGAAUAAAUGUGGAAAUAUAAUUAUGUCAAACCGUAUUUUUUAAUAUUCAUAAUGCUGUGGACUACUCUUAAUUCUCAUCCCUGUGUCCUUCCUUCCAAAAGGAAGAGGAAAUGGCUGCUUGGAUAUACUUGGAAAGAGCUCCUGGUCUGCUUUAGUGUUUGUUUUUCAUCUUGAAAGUAAUAUUUUUUUAUUCAGACUACAAAUAACAUUCAUCAUCUGGAAUAAUACAACCAUUAGUUCUAUAUAUGCAUUAUAUGCUCAGAGAUACUCAGCACUAUCAGAGCUUUUGAAAUCUUUCUAUUGUGCUUCAUAUGUUUUCUUUAGCCAUUGUGUAAAGCACUGCAAUUCUGGAGUGCUGGCUGCCGAAAAAGUACUGCCAGGAAAAAAAACAUGUCAACAGUCAUUAACUAAUUGUAUUUGUUCAAAUUUCUGCCAUGCUGUUAAGUGCAGGUAAAUGUCUCUAGAACUUCCUUGCCUUUUAAUUGUGCCAUCAGGUCUCUCAGAGGUACAUAUUUAUAAAUUAAAUUGCAUGUUCUCCUAAUAUGCACAAGUCAUAAUGUACUUUCCAACAGAGAAAGAGGUGGUCCAAUAUUUAUAGCAUUAAUUUCCAUUUGCAUAAACCAUUUCGUUGCUAGCUUUGCAAUACAAGCUAGGUAUUACAGCUUCAGGAUUUGUAUGCAGUGUGGAAUAUCCAAGUUAUUGUAGUGGUGUUACAGUAGCAACAGAAUGACUUGAAGCACAAUUAUUCUCUGAACCAGAUCCAAAGGUUCUGUAAAUUUCUAAAAUUUAAGAAAUUGCAGAAAGCAGGUUUCAUAUGCAGUAUGUACAUUGGAUGGAGAAUGCUGGUCUAAAAAUAGUUGCUCAGGAAUUCUUUAUUGUUUCUAAGUAUGUUUGAAGGAAAAUGCUUUAAAAUGUACUUUUUAAGUUCUUAAUAUUGAAAAUGCUGGCUUUAAUAAAAUCUGUUAGCAAUUUCACUCGUAAGAUCAAUAUUGUUACCUAAGUCUGUAGCUUUCUGAUGGACUUUUCAAUCUUUUGUCCUUGUAAAAUCUCCUUGCAACGGUGUUUGCAUUUCAAUUUA